AUGCAGAUUAUUCCAAUUGGUGCAAGAGAAACAAACUUAAUGUAUAUAAUAGUUGGUCCACAGAAUGAGCUUGUUUUUGUCGACCCAGUUGAGCCAAUGAAAAUAGAAAAAGAAGCCGAGCAAUUUCUGGCCGCACCAGAGACAAAAAUAGCAGUACUCACAACGCACCACCACGAAGACCACUCUGCAGGGAAUGCAAAAAUAAAAAGAAUGCACCCUACCGCAGCUAUAUAUGCAGGCUCUCACCAGUCAUUUGCAACGCAUAUCUGUAAGGAUAGUGAUGUCAUAUCAAUUGGCGCACUGCGCAUAGAGUGCAUGCACAUUCCAUGCCACACCCAGGACAGCUUUGCAUACACAGUCUAUGAUACAACCAGUAAGGAAAGUGCUGCUGUGUUUGUGGGUGACACUCUUUUUUAUCUGGGCUGCGGAUCUUCUUUGAAGGCACAGCAGAAAUGAUGCACAGCGCACUGAAGAAAAUUUCAGGCCUGCCCUCAGAUACUAUUGUAUACUACGGCCAUGAGUAUAAAGAGAGCAAUCUGCAAUUUAGAAGAAUGCUUAUUCCUGACCCAGAAGGCCUAUGCUCAUCUGAAAGAAUCUUUUUAACCGUGGGGGAGGAAAGGAAACACAAUUUUUACAUGAACACCAGUUUGGUAGAGAAGAACAAGGAGUUCUCUGGAAAGUCUCCAACGGAAAUUAUCCAUACACUUCGCCAAAUGAAAAAUACGUAUAACUCACAAAAGUAAAAGCAGCCGAGUAAAAAAAUAAAAAUGCA